AUGGGGCCGUUUGAAGUGCAGGCAACACUUUUGAGAAUAGCGUACACGCGUCCUGCCAGUGUUUUAAUAUUGCUGUUGAUGGAUGCCAUGAUCUGGCUGCAGCGCCCAGAUAUUGUUGACUUUCACAACCGAGUUCAAGAUAUUCCUCCGGAGUUCAUUUACGACGUGUACGAUUUUGUCGUUGUAGGCGGCGGGAGCGCAGGUUCUGCAGUGGCUGCAAGGCUUUCAGAAGUUUGUGACUGGGACGUGUUGCUGCUGGAAGCUGGUCCGGAUGAGACAGACAUAUCCGAUAUUCCAUAUGUGUUUCCUGUGCUACAAAAAUCUAAAUUAGAUUGGCAAUUCAAAACUGUAGCCAACUCAAGCUUUUGCCAAGCCAUGCAAAAAGAACAGUGUUUAUGGCCUCGGGGAAAGGUUCUCGGUGGUUCAUCGGUGUUGAAUGCUAUGAUGUAUAUUCGAGGCAAUCAGGAAGAUUAUAACGAGUGGGCAGAUUUAGGCAAUAAGGGUUGGAGUUGGGAAGAUGUUUUGCCAUAUUUCAUAAAAAUGGAAAAUGUGCGAGAUCCAAACAUAGCUGACAAGCCUUGGCAUGGCACAACAGGACCCUUAACAGUUGAUUUGUUUAAAAGUCAAACAAAAAUGUAUCCCUUUUUUUGUGAAGCAGCGAAACAGAUGGGGGGUUCGUGGGCUGACGAAAUGAAUGGUCCUUCUCAAAAUGUAUUUGGACCACUCCACGGUUCAAUUCGAAAUGGUUUACGGUGUAGUACCGCGAAAGCUUACCUGCGACCAGUUUCAAUGCGUAAGAAUCUGCAUAUAUCUUUGAACACUAUGGUGGAAAAAAUUCUGAUUGAUCCUGAAGAAAAAAGAGCCUACGGAGUUAUGUAUACCAAAGACAACAAACGUCGAUAUGUGUUAGUGACGAAGGAAGUGAUUCUAUCAGCUGGAUCUUUAAACAGUCCUCAUCUUUUAAUGUUGUCUGGGGUAGGGCCACGAGAGGAACUAGAACAACAGAACAUCGAAGUUGUCCACGAAUCACCGGGAGUAGGACAAAAUUUGCAAGAUCAUGUCGGCACUGGAGGUCUCGCUUUCCUGAUAACCAAUCCUAACAACACAGGACGCCUUUCCAUCAGUAUGCUCGAUUCCAUAACCAAGCCGUCCAUUCAGAAUUUCCUCUUCAACAACAGUGGUAUUUUGAUGGGUAUGCCAAUGUGUCAAGUUAUGGGAUUCAUAAACACAAAAUUCAAUCCACCUAACAGUACGCGCCCAGAUAUACAACUGUUUAUAGCAGCUCAAACGGAUGUGUCCGAUGGAGGCACUUGGGCAGCCUAUGGCUCAGGAUUUACUUACAAAUAUUAUGCAGAAAAUUUCUCUAAAUGGGUUUUCCAUGACUCUUUCAUGUGUCUUCCUCUAUUGAUGAGACCAGAGAGUAGAGGGUAUCUAAAAUUGAUCAGCAAUGAUCCAUACGUCAAAAUUGCAAUCCAUCCUAAUUAUUUUGCUGUACAACGAGACGUCGACAUAUUGAUCGAAGGUUUGCAAUUUUGUUUGAACUAUUCAACAACUCCAGUAAUGCAACCACUGAAGCCAACCUUCAUUUAUGAUACCGAAAAAGGAAGCACUUGCGGUGACAGGAAGGGUGAAAAGUUCUAUGAGUGCCUGGUACGACAUUAUUCCCAGACUAUUUAUCACCCAGUCGGCACAACGAAAAUGGGACCCAAAACGGAUCCAAUGGCGGUCGUUGAUGCACGGCUGAAUGUUUACGGAAUCGCUGGAUUGCGAGUUGUCGAUGCAGGAAUAAUGCCAACAAUCGUUACCGGAAACACUAAUGCUCCAACCAUUAUGAUUGGCGAGAAGGCGGCGGAUAUGAUCAAAUCCGAUUAUCUGAAAGAGCUACUUCAGAAACCGGAUCUGAAGCCAUGUUAUACUUACGAAUAUCUGUAUUUUCAUAAGUAAAUGCAUGCUUCUUUUGCACAAGUUAAACAGCAAAUUAAUGUUAAGUAUGUUCAGUUCAUAUUAGUAUACUAUAAUUUUGAUGAGGGAAC